UCUCCGUGACAGUAGUCUCGUAAACUUCAUCUGGAGUAGUAUAGCUUCAAUGCGUUUUAACGUUGAAAAACACUGAUUAUUAAAGCAUAUUUUUUCUUAAUUAUUUAAUUUAAAUGUUAUUUUGUUAAUACCUUACAUGUUGUUUAAGUGUAAAAUGUUUGGAUCAAGUGUAAAACCCUUAGGUUUAAAGUAAAUAGUAGAAAAUAAAAUAAUCCGGUAACUCUGGCAAGAUAAUAAAAUACUCCUAAAUUGUAUCAAUUAAAAAAAAAAACAAUGGAUUCAGAAGAAGAAACUCUGUAUGACGAUGGAGAUUCUGGUAAUGAAUCGAGUGGUGAUGAUGUUGAUUUUGCUAUGGAAAUUGAGGCUGGAAAUCCUCGAGAACGCACCAACGAAGCUGAUGAAUAUCCUUUUGAAGUUUUAACUACUGAAGAAAUUGUUCAACACAUGAUUGACUCUAUCAAAGAAGUUAAUUCUGUGGUAGAAAUUCCUGCGACCACAACGCGAAUUUUAUUGAAUCAUUUUAAAUGGGACAAAGAAAAAUUAAUGGAACGUUUUUAUGAUGGAGAUCAAGAAAAAUUAUUUGCAGAAGCACGAGUUGUCAAUCCAUUUCGAAAAGGAUCUUUAAUAAGAACAUCCAGGGCAUCUCAGAACACAGUAACACGAAGAACAUCAACAAAUGGUACUGAAGAGUGUGGAAUUUGUUUUGUCACUCUUCCAUGUUCGAUGAUGACUGGGCUAGAGUGUGGACAUCGUUUUUGUACUGCUUGCUGGGGUGAAUAUUUAACAACAAAAAUUAUGGAAGAAGGCGUGGGUCAAACAAUUGCUUGUGCUGCUCACGCCUGCGACAUACUUGUAGAUGAUGCUAGUGUAAUGCGUUUAGUUAAAGAUUCAAAAGUUAAACUAAAAUAUCAACAUCUCAUCACAAAUAGUUUUGUUGAGUGUAACAGAUUAUUGAGGUGGUGUCCAUCACCUGAUUGUAAUAGCGCUAUUAAAGUGCAAUAUGUUGAAUCAAAACCAGUCACAUGUAAAUGUGGACAUACAUUUUGCUUUCAUUGUGGUGAAAAUUGGCAUGACCCUGUUAAAUGUCGUUUAUUGCGUAAAUGGAUCAAAAAAUGCGAUGAUGAUUCAGAAACAUCAAAUUGGAUUGCAGCUAACACAAAGGAAUGUCCUAAGUGCAAUGUUACUAUUGAAAAAGACGGAGGCUGUAAUCAUAUGAUUUGUAAAAAUCAAAAUUGUAAGGCUGAAUUUUGUUGGGUAUGUUUAGGACCUUGGGAGCCACAUGGUUCUAGUUGGUAUAAUUGUAAUCGAUAUGAUGAAGAAGAAGCUAAAGCAGCUCGAGAUACACAACAAAAAUCAAGGUCGGCUUUACAGAGAUAUCUAUUUUACUGUAAUAGAUAUAUGAAUCAUUUACAAUCACUUAAAUUUGAGAGUAAAUUAUAUGCUAGUGUAAAAGAAAAAAUGGAAGAAAUGCAGCAGCAUAAUAUGUCCUGGAUUGAAGUACAGUUUUUAAAAAAAGCAGUAGAUAUAUUAUGUUUAUGUAGACAAACUCUUACAUACACUUACGUAUUUGCUUAUUACUUACGAAAGAAUAAUCAAUCUGUGAUUUUUGAAGACAACCAGAAAGAUUUAGAAGGAGCUACAGAAUGUCUUUCGGAAUAUCUUGAGAGGAAUAUUACAAGCGAAAAUCUUGCUGAUAUAAAACAAAAAGUUCAGGAUAAAUAUAGAUAUUGCGAUAGCCGAAGGAAAGUGUUACUAGAACACGUUCAUGAAGGAUAUGAAAAAGAUUGGUGGGACUAUAUGGAAUAAAAUAAAAGUUGUCGUCUUACAAUUUUACUAAUUGUAACGAAAUUCUUUUAUUUUCCGUAACCGCCUUAUCUGUGAUAAUCUGGAAAAAGAUUAAUAAAAAUAGAAAAGGUCGCUAAAAUGAAGUCUUGGAAAUGUUUAUUACAAAAUAAAAAAAAAGAAUAUUGAUGAUUAUGAAGUACGAUGACCCACAAUUGAAAUUAGAAAAUAAUUAUCUCAACAAAAUUAUCGAAUAUUUUAAAUUUAUAAAUGUAAUAAAUUAAUUUCUCGAAUCGAAUUUUUAAAAAUGUUUUAUGAACAAUUAUAUUUACACAGUGGCGGUUGGAAAUACUUAAACUGAAAGAGAAACGGUUAAAACAGCAUCAUUAAUCGAAUAUAGAUAUGUAACUUUUAGCUAAUGGUGUUUGAUACAGCGGCCAAUAACAUAGUAACAAAUUAGUGCAAGUGACUAUAUAUAAAUAAAUAAUUGUAAUGGCCGUUAUUUUUGUUUGGAUUAUGAAUAGAUUUCAUAUUCCUAUCGAAAAUUUAAUUAAUUUCAUAAAAGAAUUUACCUUGCUUUAUAUCGGAUUAAUACAUGGACGUAUCAAAAACAUAAUAUUUCUAAGUACAAUAGAGCUUUAGGGAUUCAAGUUAGGCAAUAAUUUGUUUGUUGUGUAUUUUUUAUUAGUAGUUAUCUCUUUUACAUCAUAUAUUUCAUUGUUUAACUCGUUUCAUUAUUUUUAUUUUUUUUCAAAAUUGAGAAAUUUCACAGCCAGCACUCUAGUUGAUUCUAGCUUGUUUAAAACACUCCUUUUUUGAUCGAUAUUAAUUCUAUACCUCACAUAAUAAUGUACGUUAUUUAAGCUCUCUUUUCAUUAUUCAUUAAAAAUUUUUCGCUUACUAUUGUCACAUCAUAAAUUAUGUUUUUUGGAAUUCAAAAAUACAAAAAACAUUAUAUAAUUUUAUUGAUAUUAAUACGUAAUUAUGUAUUUUUAUUACAAUUAUUUUUAUCAUCAUACUAAAAAUACACCAUUGUUUAUCUUAUAUCAAUUGAAAA